GAUCAAAGGACAAAGAACACCUGGUGGAUCUUGAAUUCUUUGCGAGCAAAAGCAAAACACUUCCAAGCCCUUCUGAGAAUGGCCCGGGAGCAACUGAGCCUCUAGAUAAAGCAGAACUGUCAUCUGCCGUACGCUCUGAAGAUGACCUGAGCGAAUCUGGAGGGGCUGCAAAAAAGAGAAAAAGGGAUGCCCAAAACAGAGAAGGGAGGGCAAGGAGAAAGAAGAAGACCACCCAAGAAACAGCUCCGCCGCUUGCUGGCAAUGAAAAUGAUGGGCUGCUGUGGAUGUCUGCUCUGGAAGCAAAGCUUGGUGUUCCCAAAAAGAAGGGGGAGGAGAAACCCACUGCCGAGAAACUGGAACGAGCCAGACGAGAAAAGGUAAACCAUUUCAGAAACCAGCAGAAGAUCUACAUUGAAGGAACAGAUCUUCCAGAACCAAUUGCUACGUUUGAGCAACUCAGAGACCAAUACAAAAUCCACCCAAAGAUCAUGCAGAAUAUUGAGGCUGCUGGAUUCCAGUAUCCCACACCCAUUCAGAUGCAGGCCAUUCCGGUCAUGCUUCAUGAUCGUGAACUCCUGGCCUGUGCCCCCACAGGCUCUGGGAAGACCCUGGCUUUUUCCGUUCCCAUUCUGGUGCACCUGAAGCAACCUAUGAACAAAGGCUUCAGAGCUCUCAUAAUUUCACCCACAAGGGAGCUGGCCAGUCAGACACACAGAGAGCUAGUAAAGCUGUCUGAAGGGACAGGCUUCCGAAUUCACAUGAUCCACAAAGCUGCCGAGGCCGCAAAGAAGUUUGGGCCAAAGUCAUCCCGUAAAUUUGAUAUACUGGUGACUACUCCAAACAGACUUAUUUAUUUACUGAAACAAGACCCUCCAGCAAUAGACUUGGCCAGGAUCGAGUGGCUCGUGGUCGAUGAGUCGGACAAGUUGUUUGAAGACGGGAAGACGGGGUUCCGAGACCAGUUGGCCACCAUCUUUCUGGCUUGCACCUCCCCUCUUGUCAAGAGGGCCAUGUUCAGCGCAACGUUUGCACACGAUGUAGAGCAGUGGUGUAAGCUGAACUUAGACAACGUCAUUUCGGUCUCUAUUGGAGCAAGAAACUCUGCAGCAGAGACGGUGGAUCAGGAGCUCUUGUUUGUGGGUUCGGAGACUGGGAAGCUCCUAGCUAUGAGAGACCUUGUGAAAAAGGGCUUCAUGCCUCCUGUCUUGGUCUUUGUCCAGUCCAUUGAGCGGGCGAAAGAGCUUUUCCAUGAGCUUAUCUAUGAGGGCAUCAACGUGGACAUCAUUCAUGCAGACAGAACACAACAGCAGAGAGAGAAUGUCGUCCAGAGCUUCAGGUCAGGGAAGAUCUGGGUCCUGAUCUGCACCGCUUUGCUAGCAAGAGGAAUUGACUUCAAAGGAGUGAACAUGGUCCUCAAUUACGACUUCCCAAGUAGCGCUGUGGAAUAUAUUCACCGGAUUGGUCGCACAGGGAGAGCUGGACGCACAGGAAGAGCAAUUACUUUCUUCACAGAAGAUGACAAGCCAUUACUAAGAAGCAUAGCCAGUGUUAUUCAGCGAGCCGGCUGCCCUGUGCCAGACUACAUAAAGCAUUUUCACAAACUGCAAAGCAAGCAAAAGAAAAAGAUGAUUAAGAAGCCUUUGGAAAGGGAACACAUUCUCACGUCCCCUCGGUUCUUGCAAAGGAAAGCCAAAAGGAAAGGGAUAAUCUCCCAGAAAGGCGUAAAGAAGGGUAAAGCAAAAAAUAACAAUGCUCACCUACAAACUGUUCCAGAAAAAUGACUAGCCUGCCUUGAAAAAUCAGUCAAGAUAAAAGGAUUCCUGAUCUGUAGGAAUGUUGAUUUCAGGACGCUGAAGGGGUUGUUGAUGGACUUGUGGGGUGGAGACCUUCCUGUUGUGCUUUUUGACAACAGUGGCAAACUUCAUUCCUGCCCAACUUGCUCAGGAGCCAAAGAUUCUGGUGCGGUGGGGGGGGGGCUUAGUUUAAAUUUAAACAUUUAAACCUUACGAGGGGAGGAAGACAGCAGGCUGGCGUUGCCAGCCAGGCAAGUCUUCUCCCUACUUGCUAGCAGGAAGAAGACUCAGGGGCCGGCGACAAAGCUACACAGCGUCCCCUCUCUUCCCCAGCCAGCUGAGCAGAGAGGGAGAGAGUUAAACCUCAAAUCCCGUCUCUGGAAUCACGCCGGAGCUGCAGCACCGUUUCUCCACUGGAUACAAUAGUCUGCAUGUUAACUUGUUAAUUCAUUUGAAAUGUGCUGUUGGAGGAGAGUUUUACAGAUACCGUGGACCACCAAAAAGACAAGUGGGUUCUAGACCAAACCAAGCCAUUGGAUACAAUGGAGAAAUCGUGCCGCCGCUGUGGCACAACUUCAGAGAGGGGGUUUAAAGUUUAAAUCCCCUCUCUGCUCGGCUGGCUGGUGGGGGAAGAAAGGGGGCAGCUGCAUGGCCCCUGUUGCCAGCUGCUGAGUCUUCUUCUUGCCAGCAAGCAGGGAGGGAAAUCUUGUGGGGCUGUCCCUUUAAGGGAGGGGGUGGAAGCCCCCCUUAGCCCCACUGCAGC